AUGCUAGUUUUACGAGAAAAAUUGCAUCGGGAUCAAUUGGUGGUAUCAGGAAAAGCAAUUCAUUGUAUAGUUCCUGAUUGUGAGGGCUAUGCGUUUAUAUUCCCAAAUGAACAGACAACAGCUUGUAUAGUCUGUCGUGCCUCUUUAUGUGUCAAAUGUAAACGAGGUACGCAUCCCACUUUGACUUGUGUAGAAAAUCAAGCUUUGAGCGCUAAUGAUUCGCUUGAUGAUAUUUUAUUUAGUAGGAAAUGGAAGAGGUGUCCGUGCUGCGGAAUUCCUGUUGAGAAGAUUGAGGGCUGUAAUUAUAUUGCAUGCUUUUCUCCUAUAUGCAAAGGGAAAAAAGGCUUGUGCUAUAAAUGCGGUAAAGAGCUAGAUGAAGAGCAGCAUUUUUCACACUAUACAAAUAAAGGUCCAUAUGGUGAUACCUGCAAUACUCUUGAUGGGUUGCCUGGGUAG